CUUCGGAGUUCGAGACUUUGAGCCCCAACAUCGGCCCGGUGAUCUUCUUCUCCCUCUCGGAGGCGCCGACAAGCAGGUCUUUGUUGUAUGUACCCACGAUGACCCGAUCUCUUCAUUUCAUGAUGCUGGCUUCGUUUCCAAGAUCAGCCACUGCAGGUAAUCUAUAGAUGCUUGCUAUGCUGCUUUUUACCAUAAAUGUCAGACUUCACCUUUCCCCCCGGCGACUACGUUGCUCCAUCCUGCUUCUCUCAAUCUGGCAAUCUUAAUCAACUGUAACACCCAACCCUCAUUGAACCAAGAUACUGCAACAUAGCAGCCUCUUCAAAACCCACGCCGUUCUAAAUUUUACGAAAGAACUCCCCUGUCUUCAUUUUUAUCUUAUCCUUGAACAUGUCACAUAUUCAAAAGGUCGCCAUUGUUGGUUGUGGCUCUAUUGGAGCCUCUUGGGCUGCUCUUUUCCUAGCACAGGGCCUCCAAGUAUCGGCUUUCGAUGUCAACCCUGCUGCCGAAACGUUCCUUCGAUCCCUUGUCACUGACGCCCUGCCUAUUCUUUCGACGCUGGGUCUCGUCAAGAAUGCCACAGCGAAAGCGGAAGACAUUUCCUUCACGACGAACAUGACGGAGGCUCUCGUGGACGCCGAUUUUGUGCAAGAAAACGGGCCGGAGAAACUGGAUUUCAAGCGGAAAUUGUUCAACGACAUGGCAAACAUUGUUCGGCCAACCACGAUCAUUGCUACGAGCAGCAGUGGCCUGACUUGUUCAAGUAUACAGCUUGGAAUGGAUAAACCAAGCCGGCCUGAACGAUGCGUCGUUGGCCAUCCUUUCAACCCUCCGCACCUCAUCCCCCUUGUGGAGGUAGUCGCCGGUGGGCAGACAUCAUCUGAAACUACCAGUACCACCAUGGAGUUUUACGAAAAGAUGGGGAAAAAGGCAGUGCACGUUAAAAAGGAAGUUGUCGGUCAUGUCGCCAACCGUCUCCAGGCAGCCUUGAUGAGAGAGGUCAUGUACCUACUGCAGGAGGACGUUGCCGGGGUUGAGGACAUUGACAAAGCAAUGAGUUAUGGCCCCGGUCUUCGAUGGGGCGUCAUGGGUCCGAACAUGUUAAUGCACUUGGGAGGCGGUAAAGGCGGAAUCGAGUACAUGGCGGAUCAUUUGCUGAGUCCCCUGAUGUCUUGGUACGCACCUGAAGAUCCUCAAGUCACGGAAGAAUUGAGGCAAAAAUGGGUCUCAGGAACGAGGCAGGCCGUGGAUGACAGGGCUUACAAACAACUCGUGAAGCAGCGAGAUGAGGAGUUGGUACGACUCCUGAACUUUUUUGAUCAACUGACUAUCUUAACUUGCUGUAUUGCCAUCCGACACCUUAAUUGUAACCCUCGUUGGGCCGGCGACAUGGGCUCUCAAAUCCAACAACGCCUCUACAUCCUCGACACCGACCUAUCUCACCCUCCCCAGAGUCGCCGGGGGCGCAUCUUAUCAUGUCUAACAGACGGAAGCGACCUUCGAACAGUAGUCGACAACAUGGUAACUCUGCCCGACGGGAUUGUGAUUGAUCAUGCCAAAGGUCAUAUGUACUGGACCAACAUGGGAUCUAGCUUGAAGUCCAACGACGGCUCAAUCGAGCGCGCCAAUUUGGAUGGUUCAAAUCGACAAAUCAUUGUGUCAGCAGGUACCGUUGGUGUCUUCACGCCGAAGCAAAUCACUAUCGCCAAGCAGAGCAUGAAGCUGUACUGGUGCGACCGGGAGGGUAUGAAGGUCAUGCGGUCCAACUUCGAUGGGUCUGAUGUCGAGGUCCUCAUCUCAACCGGCAACACCGAUGAAGAGAGGGUGGAUCAAAGAAAGUGGUGCGUUGGCAUUGCUGUAGACGAACAGCAAAACGUCUUCUAUUGGACACAGAAAGGACCAUCCAAGGGCAACCAAGGGCGGAUCUUCCGCGCACCUAUACGUGCCUCUUUCGAAGACCGACUCCAUCAAAUCGAGAUGGUGAUCGGCGAGCUUCCCGAACCAAUUGAUCUCGACAUCGACGAGGAAAGUGGCGCGCUAUAUUGGACAGAUCGGGGAGAUCCUCCUGCUGGUAAUACACUUAAUCGAGCCAUGAUGCCUGAUGGCGAGAAACAGGAAACUCUGGCAAUACGACUACACGAAACCAUUGGUCUAUCGUUGGACCAGCGGAAUGGGCUAGCUUACGUGACAGACCUUGCCGGCGGCGUCUACUCUGUUGAUACGAAAACGUACAAGAAGACUGUAUUAUUUUCCGAGUUGGUUGUAUAG